AUGUCACGAAGAUUUUUCGUUGGAGGAAAUUUUAAAGCUAAUGGGACGAUUGAAAGCAUUACAAGGAUAAUAGAAUUUUUAAAUAGCUCGGAGCUUGAUCCUAAUGUUGAUAUCGUGAUUUCUCCUCCUGAACUUUAUCUUUCUUAUGUUAGAAAGUAUUUAAGACAUGAUAUAGGAGUAUCUGCUCAAAAUGUUUAUAAAGGACCACCUGGUCCAUAUACUGGAGAAAUUUCUGUUGAGCAGUUAAAAGAUUGUGAAAUAUUAUGGACAAUUAUUGGGCAUAGUGAACGUAGAAAUUUGUUUAAUGAAAAUGACGAACUCGUUGCAUUGAAAACAAAAUAUGCUCUUGAAAAUGGGAUGUCUGUUAUUCUUUGUAUUGGAGAGAAUUUAGAAGAUCAUGAAUCAGGACGUACUAUUGAUGUAGUAACUUCGCAAUUAAAAGCUGUUUUUCAGUAUGUGACAAAUUCUUCAAAUCUGGUUAUAGCUUAUGAACCUGUUUGGGCUAUUGGAACAGGAAAAGCUGCAAGUCCUGAACAGGUUCAAUAUGUUCAUGAAAAAAUACGUUUGUGGUUAGAAGAAAGGUUAUAUGAUGAAAGUAGUCACAUUCGUAUUAUAUAUGGUGGUUCUGUGACAUCUAAAAAUGCGAAAGAGUUAUCAAAAAUGAAAGAUGUUGAUGGAUUUCUUGUAGGAGGUGCUUCAUUAAAGCCUGAAUUUAAAGAUAUUAUUAAUGUAAAUUUUUCAGUAUGUGUUUAA